AUGCGACAUCAUCAACCUACAGAUUACGUGCCUAUGCAGUUUUCAGGUGGCUGGCUAUCGAAGUCGCACAAGAUUCCACAUAACUACUCAAGGGCAAUGUCACUCUAUCGUGCGCUCAGAAAUGCACGCAGAACCGUAUCAUUUCUGACCAUUGUGGCAUGUCUGAUAAUGACUUGGAGCUCUCAGACUGUUUGGUCUUUGUACACAUUUCCCUACUGCAUUAGUGCAUACACCCCAGUGAACGAAAACGUCAUGUUAGAACCUGAGGGGCCCGAAGAAUAUUGGAUAGACCCCAACACUAUUCGCUAA